AGCUGCAGGAGGAGGAAAACAUGGCGGUGCCAGAGUUCCUCCAGACGGCAGAGUUACUGAAACAAGGGGCAGAAGCUCGAGUGUACCGGGCAGAGUUUCUGGGGAAGCCGGCGAUAGUGAAAGAAAGGUUCCCGAAACGUUACAGACACCCGACGCUGGACGAGAAGCUCACACACCGCCGGACGACGCAGGAGGUUCGGUCCAUACUGCGGUGCCGGAGAGCAGGCAUCUGUGCACCUGUUGUCUACUUCGUGGACUACACCUCUCACUGUAUUUUCUUGGAGGAAAUCAUUGGUUCCUCGACGGUGCGUGACCACAUUGCGUCCGCUCAGCAGUCUGACUCCGGUACAGAGCAGAAGCUGCAGCAGCUGGCCGAGCGUGUGGGUCAGAUCCUGGCCAGAAUGCACGAUGAGGACGUCAUACACGGAGACCUGACCACCUCCAACAUGCUGCUCAGACACAGCCAGAAGGACGGAGAGCCCGAGCUGGUCCUCAUCGACUUUGGCCUGAGCUACAUCUCGGCUCUGCCGGAAGACAAGGGGGUGGACCUGUACGUGCUGGAGAAGGCUUUCCUCAGCACCCACCCCAACACCGAGGCGCUGUUCGAGAAGCUGCUGAAGAGCUACGCCGCAUCGUCCAAGAAGUCGUCGGCUGUCAUCAAGAAGCUCGAUGAGGUUCGGUUGAGAGGGAGGAAGAGGUCCAUGGUGGGAUGAUGGUGCAUGUUGUGCACAAGGACAAGCUUCUGGUGCUUCAGUUUGUGAGAACACAGUGACAUGAUGAAGACUGUGUAUGUAAAGUAAGAUCAUAAAGUAAAUAAAGUUUUAUACCAAUGAA